AUGGGGAAGCUUCUCAAGAAGCUGCCGAACCUUAAAAAAGAAGGGAGAAGCUCCGCUUUUUGCUAUGAGAAUCCGCUCAAGGAGUUUGCGAAUGGAAAUACUUUAAAAUCCAAGAGCGCCGAGACUGCCAUCGUAACUGGGAAUAAAAAAUAUGUUAUCGAGGGAUCUGAUGGGAAAUCGACAUCUCUAGGUGUCCGAAUAUACGAUGAAUCAACAGCGCAAUGGGUUCAUCCUGUUGUACUGGGGACUAAACCAAGGGCUUGCAAAGGCCAUUUAGCAGUACUUCUGAAUGAGGACCGCAUAUUGAUUAUUAAGAAGGGAGCAAGCCCAGAUGAUUGCUUAUGGUUCCUUGAGUUGGAUACCCAAUAUGUCCGAGAUCAGAAGACAAUGCAUGGUGGGAACACUGAGGUUGUUGCAUGGAGUAAGGGUGUGAGAGGCGAUGCUGAGAUGCCAAUUGUGAUUAGUGGUCCUUCUGGUGUGGGCAAGGGUACCCUGAUAAAUAAACUUAUGAAGGAAUAUCCAUCGAUGUUUGGGUUUUCUGUAAGCCAUACGACCAGGGCUCCAAGAGUCAAGGAGGAAGAUGGGGUCCAUUACCAUUUCACAGAGAAAAGUGUCAUGGAGAAAGAGAUAAAAGAUGGAAAGUUCCUCGAGUAUGCAUCAGUUCACGGGAAUCUUUACGGGACUAGUAUCGAAGCAGUUGAAGUUGUAGCCGAUGAGGGAAAGAGAUGCAUCCUUGAUAUUGAUGUUCAAGGGGCGAGAUCUGUUCGGCAAAGUCCUGUGGAAGCUAUUUUUAUCUUUAUUCGUCCACCCUCGAUGGAGGAGCUUGAAAGGCGACUUCGUGCCAGGGGAACUGAAACUGAGGCACAGAUUUCAAAGCGUCUUCGAAACGCUGAGGCAGAGCUUGAACAAGGAAUAUCAUCAGGCCUUUUUGACCAUAUUUUGUAUAAUGAUGAACUCGAAGACUGUUAUCAGAGACUUAAGGAAGUCCUGGGACUAGAUGGAAACGUCGGAGCAGCCCCCAACCCAGUGUCUAGAGGGUUUGAUCUGCCUGUGGUUCAUUCAGCAUCAGAAUUGGAUAAUCAGAUCAUUAUAGAUUGUGGAACCCAGGAGUUGGAGAAGGCAUCCAAGAAUCGGAUUGUGUUGGACGUCUCCCGUCUCAGGGGUGGGGCACCUGGCCAUACAAGGGGGUUAGACUUGUAUGCAGUUAAUUCAUUUUCAGAUGAAUUAAAAGAGGUCAGAUGACCAAGUCGGUGCCUGCCAUGUCGCCCUUGCCACUAACUACGUCGAUUUUGGGAUAUCUUCUUGUCAUAACUUUUUAACAUCACAGAGUGAGGUCGACGAACAUGAGGGGCUCUAUGUUCAUGGACAAUUGCUGAGACCGGAUUUUCUAGAUUCUUUGGGAUUUUCAGAAGCAUACUUUGCUUCUUGCUAGUCUGAUUUUUUUUUCUAUAUUGGGCAUCGGUGAGUUCUCAGUUCCGCGGCAUCUGCGUCAUCUACAAGUGGUCUGAUGUAUUGCCCGUUAGAAAGUUGCCUGUUUUGGGAGGGAAAGAUCUUGUGAGAAUAUUGGAAAACAGGGCAUUCUUUCUCUGAAAUAGUAGUCAGCUGAGAAGCGAUCUUAAUUCUUGACUUCUAUGUACUGUUGACUUUUGAUUGAGAGUUUGCAUUUACGUAAA